AUGUGUGAUACAAAUUCAGAUCUUGAAAUUGAAAAAAUUAAGUCUCUAGCGAAAUUUUAUGAUAGUAUUCCAAUAAAUGAUACUGGAAAAAGUAAAAUUUAUACGGACAAAACAACAACAGCAUCAACAGCAACAGAUUUAGAUAGACCAUCUACAGCUAUAACAAAUUAUUCAACAUUUAAAGACUUAACAAAAUAUUCGAAAACUAGUAAUUUAAGUACAAAUCGAAAAAAAUUAACCGGAUCGAAAAAAUCUAAAAAACAAUUGAAAAAAUCGUAUUCAAUGAGUCAAUUGUAUGAUGAUAUGGAAGCUUUGGAUCUUAAAUCAAAUGACACUUAUUAUCCAUUGGAAAGUGUAAAAGAUACAAAAAAUUCUAUAAAUUUUUCUAGUAGGAAGAAUGAAUCAUCAAAUUCCCCAAGAAAAAAAAUUAUAAAAAAAACUUCUUUAAAACCAUGUGAUAUUGCUACAUUUUUAGGAACUGAACUUAAAAAACCUGAUUCCAAGUUAAAAGUUUCUUUAUCAACAACACCAUCACCAGUAUAUCCGGCAGCAAGAUCUAAUUUAGCAGCAACUCUUAGAGCACAAUUAACACAUAAACCACAUUUAGAUCCUAGUCCAAGCCCCAGUGAUCUUAAAUAUAAAACAAAAAGUAGAUUUAAUUGGGAUGUUAAACGUACUCCAGGUUGGAAAUCCUUAAUAUAUAGAGAAACAAAUAAAGAAGAUAUAAUGUAUCGUUUGGCGACAAGAAGAGCUGAACAAAAACUUCAAAAGCAAGAAUAUGAUAUGAAUAUGGAAUUAAUGAGACAAAGAGUUAAAUCGGCCCCAUUAUUAUUAGAAGGAAUGACUUAUUGGAAUACAAGAUUAAAUAAUAGAUCAUAUCAUAAUUGUAUCGCUACAAAUUCAAGUCGGUUAAGUACAAGACGAAAAAAGAAUUCAGCUCGUAAAAUAAAGCCAAUGCAACAGCAACAAAAUGACGAAGAAAAUCCACAAACUGAAAAUAAUAUAAAUAAUAAUCAAUGUAAUGACAAUGACGAUUUAACAAGUGAAGACCGAGCAUAUUUAUGA